CCUAAAGAUAUCGCCAGUAUUAUCCACAUUGAGCAUUCUAUCCUGGUAAGCUUUAUUAUCUCGCUCUUCAUAUCACGCAUUUAACAAGGUUAACGUUGUGCUGCUCCGCGUUUAGAAAAGCUUACUUCUUAAUUUACCUCCGUUUGCAACUUCAAUUUACGCACCCCUCACCUUCAACGUACUUGAUUGUCAAGAUGGACUCAUUCUCGUCGCACCUGCGGCCUCAUCGGCUGUGCAUCAUUUGUCGCGGAGAAUUGAUUGAGCGAAGGGAUUUAGUGCUGGCUAGUAUGUUUUAGAAGAAGCUGUCUUUACAGAGUGCUAAUCUGCCCUCCGUAGUCCUGAGUACAUCCCAAUCCUACUUUGGCCAUACCAAGCCUUUUUAUAUACCUCCCCUUGGACCCGCAGCUCGCUUCGUUACCCUUCAAGCACACAAAUCGGGACCGAUCUCGCGGCUUAUUUGUAGAACGCCAAACUGUCAUGUUUGUUCUCAGUCUGAUAUCGAUUUCUUGCUCUGUCAUUAUACGUGCUUGUUAGUCUUACAGAAACAUGUAUACCAGUUGGAUUCUAUUGAUCCUGUCCUGGAGAUUGUCUUCCGGACUGGAUCGUUUUUCAACCCUUGGCCACUAGCAAGAACUGACUACGACAUGUCGGACGGACCUGAAAUGCCCCUAGGUCGCUCUCCACCCCCAAAAGACGAAGACUUGCCAUGGGUACAUAUGAUCAACCAGCUUAACCGUCUAUUACCAGAGCUACAAAAGAUGGUUCAAGCUUACUGCGCUGAGAGCGAGUUUUGGAGAGUUUGGAAAGCAAUGGCAUGGCCCAAGGAUAUUCACACUAUCAAACAGGAGACUCGAUCUGUUGGCGAGCUAGGAGUUUGGAAACGCGGUUUAACUUUUGGUCCCAAGUCCACCGAGAAGUUUUUGCUUAUUAGUGUCGAUGGUAUGGGUAUUAAGGAGGUCGAAUAUACCGAUACUCGACCAACUGAUAGACGCAAAAGUGCAAACGUAUGGUAUACUUUCUUAGAGACCACGACUGUCCAGCAUAUCCAAGCAACUCUGAAGGUAUGUUUAUUACUUUCCACUUUCAUCGGGAGCAUCUUUUCAUUCAAUGCCUUUAGGACGGUCGCAUACGUCUUAGUCUGAAGCCCCCAGAUCUUGUUCUAUGGGACACACCCGUGAUACCAGACUUGAGACACUGUCACCUUUUCGGAGCAUCUGCGAGAUUCAACCGACUUCGAGUAAUACAGCUAGAAAACCUUGUUGGCCUGACAUUCUUUGUUGGGGGUGGACUGCUUUAUGCCAUCCACUCCCACUACGAUCCCGAAAAUUCUGCGUUAGAGACAUUCCUUCGGAUUCCUGACUGGCGACGCAAGCGCCUGGUCUGGUUAUUUCUUCCCGUUGCUGAAGGGAUUGAGUAUUUGUGGCUACGAACUCGAAAAGGAGCUAACGGGCAGAUGGCGGAGCCAAGCCUUCUGGUAUCAUCUCUAUAUCUUUCCUUGGUUUUCUACAAGCUAACUUAUAUCAGUUCCAGAAUUUGCAAGGGAAAAUACUUACUACUGGUCUUUACCACGAAGAUUCCGCCGCUUACACUUGCCGAAACUUAAGUUCUCGUCCUACUAAAUUGGUCUAUGAUCAGCCAUACCCUGGUGAACCAAUUUUGACAUUUGGAGCAAUGCCAUCGGCGGUAGCCAGACACGAUGUCUUCGUUCCUAAGUACAACCUAGGAGAUAAAAUGGAGAUAUACACAUCUGACGCGCCGCUUCAGAGCGUUUGCAAGGUCCAACUUUACCUCGAGUCUGAUGAAACUUGUAGGGGGAUUCUUCUACAUUAUCAUGAUGGAAAGCAACGGGUUCUUGGCCAAUCUCGGGGCGACCUCAUCUGUCAAAAGUUUAGUAACCCGGUGGGACUUCACUUCCAAAACUGUCGCAACUAUGUACGUGUUUUUAUUUCACUACAACGAGGCGAUAUGGAUAAGGCUGGAACAGGGAACUAUGAUACUAUUGACUUUGCUAGUGAAAAGGUACAACAUGUUUUGUGGCUUUUCAACUCUGAGUACGAUGAGAUCGUUAGAGUAGAAAAUCAUUAG